AUGACCACGGUUUCGACCGGCACCGACGAAAUUGAUACUAGGAGGAAUGUUGCUCUGACCAACAACAGCAACAGUCAACUAAACUCGCCGCGACUGUCGGAAGGAGUGUUUCGAGGACAGCGCAAUGCCCCAAAUGGAACGGAAACCCCCUCAAGCGCAGAUAGAACACUCAACGAUGAUAAAGGAGAUGGGAAUAACAACGCUGAAAAACGCGUCGAUAACGCGCAGUCAGAUGGGUCUUUACCAACUAGGUCGCGGACAGCGGCUGAAGAGCUUGAAACAUCGGAGAGCGCUGGAAUUGACCCUCUCUCACAGCAUAUACUGAAACGGACGCAAACCGAGAAAUCGAUCCCCUACAAGAUAAAAUCGCAGACCUCUUACGGCCAGGAUUCGGGCGGAGAUGGAAAUAAGCCCAGUCCAACGGACCCGGUCAAUCGCAGCGAAACGUUUCCUCUAGGUCCUAAGACCAAAGAGAAAAAAAAAGGUGUAUCUUUCCUCAGUCGCAUUAUUGGCACCAAGAAAUCUCAGCCAGCCGCCGAAACGAAUGACUCCAAUGCUUCGGCCUCCCAAGCAGACGGCGCCAAUGGCAGGAACGACGUCUUUGCGCAUCCGAUCGGCUUCAUUCCCCGAUUUCCGCCCCCUCCCAAAUACAUCAAAGUCAGAGCGCAUUACAAAAGACAAAAAACAUUUGAUCGCGUAUUCUUAGCCCAGGAACUCGAUGGUGAAGCCGGCGAGUCUAUCCGCGACGAAAAGCCAGACAAUGCGUCCAAAAAUAAAGCUAUUUGGGCAAUGGUGUUUUCCAAGGAUGGCAAGUAUCUUGCUGCGGCCGGUCAAGACAAGGUUGUUCGAGUGUGGGCUGUCAUUACGAACGCAGAGAAUCGCGAGGCUCAUGAACAGGAGGAAGACGAGAUAAAAGGCGGCGAGGGUAUGCGCUUAACUGCGCCGGUUUUUAAAACGAAGCCAAUUCGUGAAUAUCACGGACAUACGGGCAGUGUUCUAGAUCUCAGUUGGAGCAAGAACAAUUUCCUGCUUUCUUCGUCUAUGGAUCGCACUGUCCGUCUAUGGCAUUUCCACCCCCGUGAUGACCGUUUUUUCCUCGCUGGGUCAUUGGAUUCAAAACUACGACUCUGGAGCAUUCCGGAUAAAAGCGUCGCAUUCUGGGCGACCGUACGCGACAUGAUCACAUCGGUUGCUUUCACACCAGACGGGAAAUACUCAAUUGCUGGCUGUCUUAAUGGACUAUGUAUCGUCUAUGAGACCGACGGACUCAAAGCAAAUGCGCAAGUGCAUGUGCGCUCCGCUCGAGGACGCAACGCCAAGGGUAGUAAGAUAACCGGCAUCGACACGAUGGUAUACCCUCCUAAUGACCCCAAUGGGGAUAUCAAAUUGCUCAUCACUAGCAACGACUCUCGAAUUCGACUGUACAAUUUCAAGGACCGCAAUCUCGAAGCGAAAUACCGAGGGAACGAGAACUCUACGAGCCAGAUUCGCGCAUCGUUUAGUGAGGAUGGCAAAUAUAUUAUAUGUGGUAGCGAAGACGGGCAUACCUAUAUCUGGCCCACUGCAUCUACCGAGAAAGACUCGGAAAAGCGUGCGCUCGAGGAAUUGGAAAUGCGAACUGAUAUCGUCACGUGUGCGAUAAUGGCGCCAAUAGCUACGAAACAGCUACUAGGUUUUUCCGGCGACCCCCUGUACGAUCUGUGCAAUCCCCCGCCGGUCACCCUGGUCAGUAAAAUUGACCCAACUCGAUCAUCUAAACAAAGCGACGAUCAAGCAGAGAACCGUGGCAAAGAUCCCGAAUCCACGCCCACAAUAACAAAGGCAAACGGUUCACCGACAUACCUUGCUCGAUCCAGCCAUCCCGAUGGUAAUAUCAUACUGGCUGCAGACUGCUGGGGACGGAUCAAAGUAUAUCGACAAGAUUGCGCUUACAACAAACGUCCAAACGACUGGGACGUGACGUCGACUUUCUCGAAGAAGCUUCUUGGACGGUCGAAUUCGGCGCGUCAUAGUAUCGCAUCAUCUAUCGGACGCGAGUCCAAAACACCAUCUGAGCGAAUAUUGGCAUGGAGGAGCUCGGUUACAGGCACCGAACUCGCAAGUAUCGACUCAACAAUUGGAAGUAGGAAUCGUACUCCAUCCCCGCGCAAGUCAGCGUUGAAACGACGUUCGCGGUAUUCCAGUCCUGUAAAUAGCCCUGAAGCCAAGACGCAAUCGGGCUAUGCAACUCCCAUGACACAUUCGGUGGUUGACCACGAGUCCGAGACAGCAGAUAGACAAAGAGAGGCCGAAAUCAAAAAUCUCGAGGAGAAUAGAACCAACUCGGCUUCAGAUACUGGGUCUCGGUCUAGCUACGCGUCAGAAGAAUCAGAAGUGGCCGACAAAGAAGGCAGUGACAACGACAAAACAGCUGAAUUGCCGGAAAUACCUCAAUUUAAUGAAAACAGUCAAAGCAACGCUUUCUGGACACGGAGCGCAGAUUUUGUACGGAACAUCAGAUCGCAGCGAUUAUUGACUCCUACCUAUGGGACACAAACCGACGAUAUCGAAGCGAUGCGCCGAAAAUCAAGCGCACCUAGUGCUUUGAGCAGCGAUAUGGGCUCUGCUUACGACAGUCCUUACGACUUGACGCCUAAUAAUGAGCUAGAUGAAAGUGAAACCUUGCGAUGUCCGCGAUGUCGAGGUAGGAAUUUCCGGGCGACGAAGACCAAGGGCGGUGGGCAAAAGCUGGCCGCGGAAGUGGGGAGAUUGAUUUCGGGAUUGGGCAAGUUGGGCGCUGGGGUGAAGAUUACUUCUUCUACGGAGGAGUCUGCUGCGACGGCGACGACGGAUGUAGAGAUGGCUGAGGCGUCGGGUGAGGUUCAGGCUGCUGCUGCGACUGCUACACCUGCUACACCUGCUGCCUCGGGUGGUGGAGGUGGUGGGAAGAAGAAGAAGGGAAAGGGGAAGAAGUGA